AUGCAGCAGCCAUCAGCGCCCGCACCAGCAGCUGUUACACCAGUAGAACCUCAGGCAGGCAGCACAGCGGGCACAGCGCAGCACAGCGUGCAGGCUGCUGCUGCAUCGCGGCAGGGGCGGCCACCAAAGAGGCCUGCAUCCGGCAGGGAUCUGCUGGCGGCAGCUGUGGCCAGGAGCGCAGGAGCUGGCCCCAAGGGAAACUCUGGGGGUCCCAGUCAGCAGGAGCGUGCACCGGAGGGGCAGCAGCAGCCAGCUGGCGUGCCGCGGAUUGACAGCGCUGCUCUGAGGGCCCUGCUGCUGGAGGAGGGCGAUGCAGAGCAGCCGGGCCCCAGCCAUGCUGAUGCCUCUCAGAAUGGCACGGAGCACAUGACAGAUGCCGGCCAACAGAGUGCAGCACUGCAGGCUGUGGAGGCAGACACUGAUCCAUCCUCCCCAUCGCUGGCUUUGCAGGUGGGAGCUCUGUACGCAAUAUACACCCUGCACGAGACGCAGCCGUGCGCACAGAAGGUCCGGCCGUACCUGCCGCUCAGCAGCCUGCGCAUACUGCUGGACAUCAUGCGCGAAACGCGGCGCAGGGGCGUUCCUGACGUGGCCGCCGUCGUGAAUAGGCUGGUGGAGAGCCAUGCGCUCGUGUGCGGGGCUGUGCUCCGGCCACCUGCCUGCUCUCCUCCCCUGCCUUUCCAGCAGCCCAAGAUGGCUCAGGUGGACAUGCGUGCGCGCAAUGCAAUGCUGCCGCUGACGCUGGAUCACCUGCAGCAGACGCACAGGGAUCUGCGCGAGCUGAAGCACCUGCAGCUGCUCUGCGACAGCUACCGCAGCGCGCAGGCCAGAGUCUUCGCCGCCGCCGACCCCGAUGACCUGCCCCCGAGCAUUGCGGACCUCGAUAUGGGCCAGCGCCUGAGCAGUAUGCUCAGUGAUGUCGCUCUCAACGUCCAGGACAUCCUUGAUAGCGGCACAGGCAGCACUAGGCGGGGCAGACGAUCUAGGAAAGACAAAGGCAACACAGGGCAGGCCGGCGACUCAGACGACGCAGGAGAAGCAUCUGCAAGUCUGCCACAGGAUGACGGGCUGCUUGAACUGGCGGAAGCAGGCAUACCCCUGGCACAGCUUGAGGGGCCGGACGGGGGGAAACUGGACCUGUCAUUUCUGGGGCCGAGGGCGAAGGAGGUGCUGAGAAAGGAGGCGCGGGAGCGCGCAGCCAUGCGCCGCAAGCAGGAGCUCUGGGCCAAGCGCGGCGCCGCAGCGCUAGCCGCCGCGUCCGACAUGCCCGGAGGACCCGCUCCCGCGCAAGCGCCGGCAGACGGUCCCACGCAUGCGCCAGCGGAUAGCCACCCGCAACGAGAACGCCCCAGAACGCUGGUUCCCUCCUCGAGGGAUGUCACUGGUGAUGUCGCUGCGGGUGAGGCAUCUGUCAUGCUUGGGGUCCCCGCUCCCGCCCCGGCCGACAGCCCCCCACAACGGAAACGCCCCAGAACAGAGGCUCCCUCCUGGAUGGAUGUCGCUGCCGCUGAGCCAUUUGACUUGCUGGGCGCGCUCGCCCCCGGAGACAGCCCUCCCAGCCGGGGACUCUCCGGGACGCGCGACACAACUGCCGCCGAUGAAGCCGGCCCGUCGGCAGCUCCCGGGCCGGGUUUGGCGAAUGGCGCGCUCGGGGCAGCGGUCAGCGCAGCAGAGGAGGCGGGUGGGCAGCUUGCAGCGGCGGGGCAGCCUGCAGUGGAGGGGGCGCCUGGGGCAGAGCGGGCGGCCCAAACGGGCAGGAAGCAGCGAGUUUCUAGGGCCGCGGAGGCAAACCUUGACUCUAGAAGGCGGCAAUCAAAGCCUUGGCGGCCUGCAGGAGAUGGCAGAUCGGGAGCCAGUGCUGAAGCAGCCCCAGCAACCGAGAGGGAAACAGCUCGCAGCAAGGAGAGCAAGGCUGCUGGCUUGAGGCCUGAGGUAUCUCUGACUGGGGCUGAGAGCGAGCAGCAAGGGCCAACAGCGGCUGCGGCGGUGACAGGAGAUGGCAGAUCGGCUUCCACAUUGCGAUGGACGGACAAUGUGGAGGGGCCCUCAGCGCAUGGAGAUGAUGACCUGGAAGGCUUGGAGUAUGACAUGCUGGGCGAGCCAGUCAUUCCUGACCUUGGGAGUGCGGGUGUCACUGUUGCCUCUCCGGGAGAUACUGGGGGAUUUGAGAGCGACGUGUCCGAUGAUGGAGACUUUCCAGCAGCUGCCAGCACCGGCAUCCCACCAGAGCAGCGCGCUUCUGUCCUACCCAACUGGCCAGCGCAGCAGAGCAGAGAUAGAGACACUCCGGCCAGCAGCGCUGCAGCGCAGCCCUUAGCAGACCAGGGCGGCAGGCUGGCAGCUGGAGCGGACACGGGGGCAGGGGAUAAGCAGGGCGCCGCAAAGGGGAAGCAGAUGAAUGGCAGCAAGCGCACGCCAGGUCACAAGAAGGGUGACAAGGGAAAGCGAGAGGCCCUGUCCAGGGGUCCAAGCAAAGCAGCCGGCCCCAAGGCUCCCGGAAAGCGCGAGCGCAGCAAACUCGCCUCCAAAGGACCCAGCGCGGCAAGCGUUUUGUCAGCAGCUGUGGAAGCACAGAAGACGCAACCCCUUGUGGGGGCAGUUGACAUUGAGCUGGCUGCUCACCAAAGGGAGAAGGCCAUCGCGGCGACCGAGCGGAGAAAGGCCGUCAGCUCUGCAACGGCUGCGUCCGCAGCCAAAACAGCAGAGCCGGCAGCCAAGCCUCCACAGGAGACGAUGCUGCCGCCGAAGAAGCGUGCGAGAGCAGGCAUGCUGACCACUGCUGCUAAUUUGGCCAGGACAUCAAAGGAUGUCCCCUCUAGGGGUCAGCCUGCGGCAGUUGCCGCUCCAGCAUGCGGCAAGAGCAGCGGACGCAGGCCAGAGCAUAAGGCUGGCGAACGGCCGCCGCAGCUGAAUGGGUCAGCUGCUGCUGGGGUGGAUCGGGAGGAAGCCCCGUUGCAGAAGGGUGCUCCAAGGGACUGGGCAGCACUCGGGGCAAUCGCGGCCCAGGAUGCUGCCAACAUAGAUGCGCUCCUUGCUGAGGAGGAAGAUGACUUAUGA